AUGGAAUCGUUAGACGGCUACAAGGCACGGCAACCGUUCCCGAAUACAUCGCAGCUGAAUGGGGUCUUGAGAAUCCUCUCUGGAAGGGCCGCCUUCGGAUUCUGGAGAAAGCCUCCACUGGAGUCACCAUCGUCCUGGAAGACGGUCAGACGGGAGCUCAUCCCAUCAGCCUUCGCACGCGCACCGUACACCGACGAUGGAGCCACAGUACACCCUGUUCUGGACUCGAGUCGAUAUUUCGUCUUGCGAGUUCAAGAUCCGGCAACAGGAAAUAAAGCAUAUAUUGGAAUCGGCUUCACAGAUCGCUCGGGAAGCUUUGAUUUCAACGUCGCACUACAAGAUUAUACCAAACGUAAGAACGCACCGGCCAAGCUAGAAGAGGAAGCCAAAGUUCAGGCAAGCACCCCAAAGGUUGACUAUUCACUCAAAGAGGGUCAAACGUUUAAGAUCAGUAUACCGGGCUCCAAAGGCGCGAGCUCUUCGAGCAGUGCUUCGGUGUUUGGAUCAGGGGGUUCCUCAGGGGGCGGGGGUGCUGUUCCGCUUCUACCUCCCCCUCCACCAGGCGGUACCCGGAGACGUUGA